AUGAGCGCCGAGCCCAUCUGCAGCGCGCUGCCCGCCGUGCCCUCCCACAAGCUCGCCGACCUGCGCUUCGUCAGCCGCGGAGCGUCCGGCACCGUGUCGUCCGCGCGCCACGCCGAUUGGCGCGUGCAGGUGGCGGUGAAGCACCUGCACAUCCACACGCCGCUGCUCGACAGUGAAAGAAAUGAUGUCUUAAGAGAAGCUGAAAUUUUACACAAAGCUAGAUUUAGUUAUAUUCUUCCAAUUUUGGGAAUUUGCAAUGAGCCUGAAUUUUUGGGAAUAGUUACUGAAUACAUGCCAAAUGGAUCAUUAAAUGAACUCCUGCAUAGGAAAACGGAGUAUCCGGAAGUGGCCUGGCCGCUGAGAUUCCGCAUCCUGCAUGAAAUUGCCCUGGGCGUGAACUACCUGCACAAUAUGAACCCUCCUCUUCUGCAUCAUGACCUGAAGACUCAGAAUAUCUUAUUGGAUAAUGAAUUUCAUGUUAAGAUCGCAGAUUUUGGCUUAUCGAAGUGGCGCCUGAUGUCCCUGUCACAGUCACGGAACAGUAAGGCUGCCCCAGAAGGCGGGACCAUCAUCUACAUGCCGCCCGAGAACUAUGAGCCGGGGCAGAAGGCGCGGGCCAGCGUCAAGCACGACAUAUACAGCUAUGCAGUCAUCAUGUGGGAAGUCUUAUCCAGAAAACAGCCUUUUGAGGACGUCACCAACCCUUUGCAGAUUAUGUACAGUGUGUCGCAAGGACACCGACCCGACACCAGCGAAGAGAGCCUGCCCCCCGGAACCCCCCAUCGUGCGCGGAUGGUCUCCCUCAUUGAAGGCGGAUGGGCACAGAACCCGGACGAACGGCCAUCCUUCCUCAAAUGUUUAAUAGAGCUUGAGCCAGUCCUGAGAACAUAUGAAGAGAUCACUUUUCUUGAAGCUGUUUUGCAACUAAAGAAAACCAAGGUGCAGAGUGCUCUGAGUGCCGUCCGCUCAGGUGACAGAAGAUCGGAGGCAUCUCUGAACCUCUCUCUGAGCCACAGUCCACAGGAGGAAUCGUGUGGGGCUCUUCGGCAUCCCGCACGCAGCAGCUCUCCCGCCGGGCUCCUGUCCGCGCCUCCACUCGGUGACUGUGCAGCUGAGCGCCCGCAGCCCGGGGUGGCCCAGCAGUGGAUCCAGAGCAAAAGGGAGGAGGUCGUGAGCCAGAUGACCGAGGCCUGCCUCAACCAGGCGCUGGACGCCCUGCUGUCCCGGGACCUGAUCAUGAAGGAAGACUACGAACUCGUCAGCACCAAGCCCACGAGGACCGCCAAGGUCAGGCAGUUACUGGACACCACUGACAUCCAGGGAGAGGACUUCGCCAGAGUCAUAGUGCAGAAGCUCAAGGACAACAAGCAGCUGGGCCUCCAGCCCUACCCGGAAAUCCUGCCGGCUUCUCGGCCGCCAUCCCUACUCUUGGUUCAAAAUAAAAGCGUAUAG